AAGCCGUUAUUUUUUAAGCUAGCAUAUCUAAAUGAUUUUUUGUUAUUUGUUUGUUUUGUUUUUUGUUUUUAGAUGUUCGCAAAAGCUUUAUUAACUAAAUAGUAUUGACAGGGGAUACAUGUACAUAUGAGCUACCCUGCUGAAAAAUGAACUUUUUCGACUGCUGUACAUUAUUGGUAGUCGUCGGUACAUUAACAACAUGUUUAGUACAAGCAGGUCCCAUUAAGGAUCAGUGCAUGGCGGCGGCGGGCAUCACAGCACAAGAUGUUGCGAACCGUCAUGAGUCAGACGACCCUGGCCAUAGUGUCAAGUGCUUUUUCCGCUGUUUUCUGGAAAACAUUGGCAUUAUCGCCGAUAACGAGAUAAUACCUGGCGCUUUUGACCGAGUUCUAGGUCAUAUAGUUACCGUGGAAGCCGUAGAGCGAAUGGAAGCGACGUGUAAUAUGAUUAAGAGCGAGUCAACCCAUGACGAGUCUUGUGAAUUCGCCUGGGAAAUCUCCGAGUGCUACGAAGGAGUGAGAUUUUCAGAUGUUAAGAAUGGCCGAAGAACUAGAAUCCACAAAGGAUAA